CUCAUACGCUCCAUUUAGUCCCUCCCUGGUAGCCGCCUAAUCCCAUCACCACAUGAUAUAGGACUAGUCCUCAUUCAUCAGUCAUCAGUCAUCAGUUCAUCACUCAUACACAUACAUAUGUACAUGAUCAGUGCACACAGCACACCAGUAGUAGUACUCGAUCAGUUAGCUAGCUGGUGAUCCAUAUGGGGAAGGUGGUCGUCACGGAGGCCACGGCGCGCCAGGUGGCGUCCUUCCUCCUCGGCGCCGCCGCUGCGCUCACCGUCGUCAUGCUCGUCCACUACCGGGCGCCGGCCGCCGGGCUCAGCCGUGCGAGGACACCGGGGCACUUUUCCGGCUUGAGAUCAUCAUCAUCAGAUGACCAGCACCACCACCACCGCAACGGGACGACUGCACGUGCCGUAGUUCAUCAGGCGCCACCGGUCGCCGCUAGUGCAGGCGACGAUCAUCGCCGUCCGGCGAACGCCACAACAAUCACAAAGCCCAAUUCUACCUCUACUGCUGCUGCUCUACCUCUACGUCAUCUUCCCAGCACAAAUCACCAUGGACAAAAGGGAGCCAAUGAGGAGUCGCCGGAGUUCCGGGGCCUGGCGGCAGCGGUGGCGCGAGCGGCGACGGACGACCGGACGGUGAUCAUCACGUGCGUGAACCAGGCCUGGGCGGCGCCAGGCUCCCUGCUGGACCUGUUCCUGGAGAGCUUCCGCAUCGGCGACGGCACGGCGCGCCUCCUCCCACACGUUCUCGUCGUGGCCAUGGACCCCGGCGCCCACGCACGGUGCCUCGCCGUCCACCGGCACUGCUACCACUACACCAUCCCGGGCCUCAACAUCGACUUCGCCGCCCACAAGUACUUCCUCUCCAAGGACUACCUGGAGCUGGUGUGGAGCAAGCUGAAGCUGCAGCGCCGGAUCCUGGAGCUCGGCUACGGCUUCCUCUUCACCGACGUCGACAUCCUGUGGCUGCGCGACCCGUUCAAGCACGUGACGGCGUACGCCGACAUGACCGUGUCCAGCGACGUGUACUUCGGCGACCCCGACAACCUUGGCAACUUCCCCAACACGGGGUUCUUCCACGUGAAGCCCAACGCGCGGACCAUCGCCAUGACGAAGCUAUGGCAUGGGGCUAAGGGCAAGUACCCGGGAGCCAACGAGCAGCCGGUGUUUAACAUGAUGAAGAAGCGGAUGGUGGCGGAGCUGGGGCUCAGGGUGCAGUACAUGAACCCGGCCUACGUCGGCGGGUUCUGCAGCUACGGGAAAGAUUUGAGGAAGAUCGUCACCAUGCACGCGAAUUGCUGCGUGGGGAUUGAGAACAAAAUUAAGGACUUGAAGAACGUGCUGGGUGAUUGGAGGAACUAUACGAGGAUGCCGCCAUGGGAGAGGCACCGGGCCAAAUGGACCGUGCCCGGCGCCUGCAUUCGAGCCGAAAAACAAGUUUGAUUCAUCAAUUGGUUGAUGGAUUUUCCAAUCGCCUGUUAUAGAGUAGCUUAUUUAAUUCUACAUAUAUAUAUAUAUAUACUCCCUGUGUGAGGGUGGAGAGAGAGACGAUAAGUAUUUGUUGCUAUACCUGUAAAAUGCUCUAUUAUGAAAGCAUAUACUAGUACACUUCUGCUUCA